AUGGGGGCCGCGCUGCCCCUCUUCCUCCUCUUGACUCUCCUGUGCAACUCACACGAAACAGGGCCAGGUAUGACUUUGCAACUGAGGCUGAAGGAGUCUUCUCCAGGAAAUUCCUCCUAUGACUCCAGCUUCCUGGGAUUGCUCGAGAAGCUCUGCCUCCUCCUACAUCUCCCACCAGGGACCAAUGUCACCCUCCAUCAUGCAGGAUCCCUACAGCGUGUCACCUGCAAAGUCUGA